AUGACUACAAAUCGACCUAUUAUUCAAAGCUCCCUACUAUUCAGAAGACGUUUAACUGCUAAUAACAUAUUUAUACAUAACCGUUUUCCAAAGUAUCAUUUCAAUAAUCUUUCGAACUCGAUAAAUGAAAACAAUCCUCCAAAGUCUAAACAUCUAUUUAGAUAUAUUGCUGGUUCGGUAGCCGUUUCAGGAAUCGCGAGUUCCGUUUACUAUUUUUUUUACAAGGAAAAACUACCAAUCAAUAAUAAUUCAGACAACCAGCAGCAUAAAAUUGUUCUAUCGCCAAGUGAAGCUACAUUAAAGCUACGCGAAAAACAAACCUCUUUUCUGUUGCAUCGUAAUAAUGGCGUUUAUCGAUAUGAUACAAAUCAACUGGCAUCAAAUUGUCCAAUAGAGGAUACAAAGACUGAAGAAAUUGAUUUAGGUGCGAAAAAUGGAGAUAGAUUAUUUUUCGGAGUAUUUGACGGACACAGUGGUUGGAACACUUCAAGACUAUUGAGCAAGAAAUUAGUUCCGGUUAUUAAAGAACAGCUCAACAAAGCAUACGACGGAUAUGGCGAAUAUGCCAAG